GAAGAUAAAGGAUCUUUAACAGCAAGGAUAACUUCGAGAUUUUCUCUGGGGUGCUGAGACUUAUUUAACGGUCAUUUUUGGACAUUGAUGAAGAGCAGAUAGCUGACAUGGUUCUCCUCAGCCUCUUGAUUUUGGGUGCACUGGUUAAAGGCCAACUGGCUCUUACUUCUAGUGAGUGUGGGACUUCCUUCAGGCGUCCAGCGUACACCGACAUCGCAGUGUAUUGCGGGACCCAGUCUAUAAAUUUGGCCAUCCAGGUUUGCCCGAUCAUUUACACUGGAUAUAACGAGAGUCUGUUGGUUCUGAAUCAAAUCAAAAAUGAUCCGUUGUGUCGCGGAACGCUGGAUGCGACCGCGAAUCCUCCGGUCGUGCGCUUCAACUUCCCGCUGAGACAAUUAGACGCCUGCGGCAGCAUCUUCCGCACCACCAGCGCUCCAGGGACAGGGAUCUUCUCGGACUUCUCUAACAUCCAGACGGUGAACAUCAGUGGGGUGAUCAGAUCUUUUGACCCCACAAUAGGAACAGUGACUUACAACGCCGAGCUGAGUUAUUUUUACUCCUGUGCAUAUCCUCUCGAGUACCUGAUCAACAAUACACAAGUUGAUGUGUCAUCCUCCUCCAUUGCAGUGAUUGACAACAAUGGUAGCUUCAUCAGCACUUUAAGCAUGCAGCUCUUCAAAGAUAUAAACUACACAACUCCACUCGUUAUCCCUGCUCUUGGUGUUGAGCUCAGAACCAGAAUAUACGUGCAAGUCAUUGCAGCAAACUUGACUUCACAGUAUCAUGUUCUGCUGGAUCGAUGCUAUGCCUCCAUCUCAGCCUUACCCUCAAAUUCAACCUUUUUCAACCUCUUUGUCCCGUGCUCUCAGGAUCAGUUUACCACCGUGUCGGAGAACGGAAACAGUCAGAAGGCUCGCUUUAAUUUCCCGGCCUUCCGCUUUAUUGAGCAGCAGAACCAGACCAUUUCCACCUACUACCUCCACUGCAUCACCAGGCUUUGUGAAACCAGCACCUGCGCCCAGUUCAAGCAAUGCAACAGGAGGAGGAGACGGGAUAUACAGACGACGACAAUUAAAGAUGGCCUCUCAGACACCACCCUCAUCACCUCAGGACCUAUUAGGACUAAAGCAGAAAACCCUCUCACCACUAAGGAAGAAGCUGUGAGCAGCGCACAGAAGGACAGUGGUAAUGGGGCGUCUGUAGGACUGGGCAUCGCUCUGGCCGUCCUCGUCAUUGUGGGCACCGUUGCUGCCCUCAUGGCCGUGUCGUUUUACCGCAAACUCAAGAUGCUGCGUUAACUUCCCGUGAUCCCAGAGCUCUUUUUGUGUAGGACUAAUACAACAGCACUGGUGGAGGUGGGAACUGGGGAUCCAUAUUAUUAAUAUCUGACCUUUUAAAUUAAAAAGCUUUGUCGGCAUAGAAGACAACACGACUGUCAUUUGAAAUGCAAAUAUUGCAACCAAAAAAUAUUUUAAUAUAUAAUAACAUAUACUUAAGGCACAAAUGUUUAAAUGCGCAACAUUUUAUUUUAAAGUGAACAUGUACAGAGUGCAUUUGGUGUGAGAAAGAGGAUUACAAAUGGAGCAAUGCUUGUGUAUCGACAGUGGUUUUAAAAGGAUAUUUGUGCAGAUAAAACAUUUUAUCCAUUUAAAACUGCUUUGCAAUUUAUCGUAAUGGAUUUGUGCUCAAGCUGUGCCACAUUAAAGCAAGAUUUAAGGCUUUAGGAUUGACAGCGUUGAAAGAACAGGUGAAAGAAAACAUUUCAUAAAGUUAUUACAGCUGCAUGAAGCGCCUCGCUUUGAUUUAGCGAACUUUAAUCUUAUUAACGAGGAAGGAAUGUUUCAUUUUGGAAAAGGGAUUAUAAGCAUGCCUAUUUUAUUUCAGAUGCUUCAGCAUAUGCAAUAUAUUACAAAUUCAGACAGUUUUUUUGUUAAAGAUGUUUGUUUUUAUUUUUUGUGUUUGUAUUUUUAUUGCAUGCAAUGCCAUUAAUAAAGUCUUGUAGGAUUGUGA